AUGGGUCGGAAGAUGGUGAAGAUGACGAGGAUAACGAACGAGAAGACAAGACUAACGACUUACAAGAAGAGGAAAGCAUGUUUGCUCAAGAAAGCAAAUGAGUUCUCAACACUCUGCGGCGUAGACACGUGUCUCAUUGUGUAUGGACCUAGCAGAACAGGAAACGAAGAGGUCGCGGAGCCUGAGUUAUGGCCGAAGGACGAGAGCAAAGCCCGAGAGAUCAUAAAGAAGUACAUAGACACCAAGUCGAGCAGCUGCAUGAAAAAAUACAACAUACAAGAUUGCUUGGAGAAAAACAAUACUAAGGUGGAGGAGAAAGUCAAGUAUUGUCCAUGGGACAAGAAGCUCGACAAGUGUUCUUUCAAUGAGCUCUGUGAGGCUUACGUGACAGUAGGAAAUAAGAUUCAGGAGGCUGCGAGUAGGAAUCAGAAAUUACCUGAAAACAAUUCUUGGUCUUCAGAGCAACUUGGUUUAUGCGGUUUCAAUCAGCAAUGCAUGGAGCAGCAUCAGUUGUUUCCUAUGUCUACUACUAUGGAGCAGACUGGUUUCAACUUCUUUCCUUUUUUAAACCAAAUGACAUCAAAUACCGGAGAAGGUUGUUCUUCCUUCUCAAAUGUGACUGCAGACCCUGAGCCGGAGAUGGCUCAAGCCAUGUAUUACGGGACUUGUAUGGAUGGUCGGUACGUUCCGAUGGUACAGGGGACAGGUUAUGAGCCAAUGCAAUGGAGUUUAGGGAACGGUAUGUUCAACAAUGGGACGCCGUUCGCAGACUAUACCUUGAGGUUUGGAGAAGUUACCGACUUGUCCAGACUAUCUCUUGAGGAUUCUGGUAAAACUCCUAUGUGA